CACCCAAAGCUCAGCCCUAAACGCAACUAUGGGAUUAUGGUCCCAAUUCCCAUGGAGCUGUGUGCUUCUAUCUACUCUCAUUACCCCGUCUCUUGGAGCAGUCAUUACAGCAAGGCCUGGUAGUGCGGGCGCUGUUAAGGUACCCGAAAUCCCUGGCGCCUGUCGCGCCGUUAUCUCACCCAUUGACUACUCGGCCAAGAACCGUCGUGACCACGAGCUGCCAGUCUGCAGUGCUGACAACUCCGGUCUUGUCGUUGCUCGUGACAACAAUGGUAUCAUUGAAGACGAGGAGCGCGAACUAGUCCCGGCCUCACUUGAGACUGGCGUGUCUCUGAUAGGACGCACCGAGCUCUCUUCCCUGUUUGGACGACAGGUAGUUGGUGGCGAUGACUAUACCUGCGGCCCCGACCGCCCUUGCAAAAACAAAGCUUGUUGUCCUAAGGCAACUGGUCAGUGUAACUACGGCGAGAAAGCCUGUGGUACAUCUGGAAUAUCUCCCAAUGAGGUAUGCUGGUCCAACUGCGAUGCCAAGGCAGAAUGCGGCAAAAAUGCAGCAAUACCGGGCCAAAAGUGUCCUCUGAACGUCUGCUGUGGCAAGUGGGGUUUCUGUGGAAUGACAAAGGACUUUUGUGACAAGGAGGACCAUGGAGCUACUGGCGGGUGCCAGUCCAACUGCGAUCAGCCAGGUCCCAAAAACAAGGCUUCCGACCAGCUCAAUCGUGUAAUUGGAUAUUAUGAGGCAUGGAGACAUGACUCCAAAUGUCAGGACAUGGGCUUGGACGAUAUCCCCGUCAACUCACUCACCCAUCUGUAUUUCUCUUUUGCUUUUAUCCAGCCGGACUUCCAGAUCGUCGGCAUGGAUAAUCUGCCCGAUAGGCUGUUUACAGACUUCACCAACCUCAAGAAGAAGAACCCAGCCCUCAAGAUGAUCAUUGCAAUUGGUGGGUGGACGCAUAAUGACCCGGGCCCUCUACAAAAGGUGUUUAGCAACAUGGUUAGUACAAAGGCGAACCGCUCCAAAUUUAUCGGCAACCUCAUGUCGUUCCUCCGCAUGUACGCCUUCGAUGGUGUCGAUUUUGACUGGGAGUAUCCCGGUGCGGACGAUCGCGGUGGUGUCCCCGAGGACGGCGUGAACUUCACCCAAUUCCUAAAGGAGCUCCAGGAGGAGAACAAAAAGCAGCCCGUCAAGUAUAUUGUGUCAUACACAGCUCCGACGAGCUUCUGGUAUCUGCGCCACUUUGAUCUUAAGUCGGUUCAAUAUACCGACUUUGUCAAUGUCAUGUCAUAUGAAAAUGAUGUGCCAGCUAACAAGUUAAACAUGGGCCUUGGUUUCUAUGGCCGCGCGUUCCAGCUGGCGGAUCCAUCGUGCAAUAAACCCGGCUGUCUCUUCAAGGGAGGCGCGACCAAGGGAGCAUGCAGUGGCGAGUCUGGCAUCCUGAGCUACCGCGAGAUCCAAGAGAUUAUCAAGAACAAAAAGAUCAAGCCGAUUCAUGACAAGCAGGCAGGUGUUAAGUACAUUACGUGGAAUACUGACCAGUGGGUGUCGUUUGAUGACAAGGAAACAUUUAAGCAGAAGAAGGACAUGGCGGCCAAGCUCGGCCUUGGGGGCUACCUGAUCUGGGCCAUUGACCAGGACGAUGCCGAAAUGACUGCGCUCGCUUCAGUCCUGGACCCCAAGCCCUUGGGUGAUUUCAAGUCGAUCGAUAAAGGAGACGAGAACUGGACGGGUACCAACGACAAGUGCUACAUUACGAAAUGUGGUGUUCAAGACUGCCCGUCGGGCGAGAUCAAGAUUACUGACCAAAAAUGCGGCAAGAACCAGAAGAGCGCUCUCUGCUGUCCCCUGUCGGGAGCGCCUGACCCCAAGUCGUGCACAUGGCGUGGAGGUGCGACGAGAUGGUGCAACGGCUACUGCAAAGACGACGAGGUCAUGACGCACAUGAGCAAUGGUGAACUGCCUCUGACCUUCUCCGGCACCGUUCUGGAUAUCCUCGACGAUGUGGCCAAGAUCAUCUUGCGCAUUGUUGGACGUGCGUACCCGCUGGCAGCUCUUACGGGGCUGCUGCUGGUCGAGGUUCUCGAGGAGCUGGAUAUCGACACUAAGAAGCUCUACUGCUGCCCGGAAAAGGAGGUGUCCAAAUGGAAGAACUGCGCGUGGUACGGGAAGCCCGGCAACUGCUUCGACGGCCACUGUCCGGACAUGAAGACGGUUCAGAUCACCGACUCGUACUUUGGCGGCAGCGACACUUGCGGUAUUCACGCUGACCGUGUCCGUACCUUUUGCUGCGAGUCGGAUGGCGAGCCCCUCUUCCUGCCCACGGACAAGACGUCAGACGGCGGCGACGACAACCCCAAUGAUGCGGCCUUCCAGUUCGUCGUGCUCGUCUCGCCCGAGGCGCUCCAGAUCUCGCUCGACAAACGCGACGGCUCCAACUGGGACGUCUUUGACUGCAACGACUCCAUCUCCGAGGGCGAGCACACGGUACGCAUGAUGCCCAAGGGCUGUGGACCAGGCAAGUAUGCAGUCGCAAAGAGCAUGACGCCGGCCCCGGGCAGUACCAGCGACCAUGUCAAACUGCUGCCCCGUCACCUGUCCCACCUCGCCAGCCUCGAGCCUGUCGUCUACGAACUGACGUUUGACUAUGACUUCCACCGAGUGCCGCGUGACAUGGGCAACACGCAGAUGCGUAUCGACUACAGCAAUCAGGACGACUACUGGAAAAACAUCGUCGCCGGAUCUGCCACCCGCAAGCGAGACGUCCACGGCCGCAAGAGACUGGCCAAGCGCACACUGGAAGACGUCGGCGGAAACCCAGUGCGCUGGCUCGAGGAGGAAUUCCGCGAUGAUUUUCACUUCGACAAGAUUGCCCCUCGCGACCUGCAAGAGCGCUGGUUCGGCAAGAGCAUCCUCGACUGGCUGGCUGCCCUCGUCGUGCCCGAGAUCAAGCGUGAAUUCACGCACAAGUACGACGACAGCGUCACGGCAAAGCUGUUUGACGAGUCGUGGAACUGCCCCGGAACGGUAGAUGGUGUCAACUACGAUGGCCAUCUGCUUGGCCAGGCCGUCCUUGACAUCGAGGUCGAGUCCAGCUUCGGCUUCACCCUUAUUGUCGAGAGUCUCACCUUGCCCCUUAAUCUCGAGCAGAGCUACCUGACCUUCUACAACAAGGGCAGGGUCACCGGUGUUGUCACCCUUGAGGCCCUCGCUCGUGUGACGUACGAGCAGAAAGAAGUCAUUCUCAACUUACCAUUCCCCGGUGCCUCGUUUAAGAUUCCUGGAAUCGGCACAAUCGGUCCUCAGCUCACGGUCGAGGGCAGCAUUGAUGCCUCGCUCGGCAUGGCUGGCUUGAUUGAGACCAAGCUGGAGAUUGCAAAGUGGGAAGUGCGCCAAGUCAUGCCUGACACCAAUUCCUACAAGCCCGAGCUCAUCGACAACAGCAAGCCAAGCCUGGAUCGGACGGGUGACUUCUCCGGAAUCAAAAAACCCGAAUUCUACGCAGGGGUCACUGCUUCUGGAGAUGUCUCCUUCAAGCUAUCGGCCGCUGCCGAGUUUGGCGUUCGCUUUGAUCCCAAGUGGAAGGUUGACCCGGCAGCCGCUGCAGUCGUGGGCGAGGUCAGCCUAAAGACCAAGUUCGCAGCAGGUGUCUCAACAACGGCAACGUGCCCCUUUACCUACGGUCUCGAUAUCGGCGCUCGCUUGUUUGCGAGAGCAACGGCGCCCAAAACAUUUGGCUGGGCUGGUGGUGAGGUCAACCUGACGGAUCCGUGGGAGAAGACCAUCAUCAAAGGCGGCACUUGUCCCAACCUGGGCCCAAUACCUUCCAAAAGAAGUAUUCAAGAUUGCAGCCACCUUCUCAUAGAAGGCAGCUCUGAAGAGAACGACUCUAUUCACAGCUCUGGCACCACUCUGCUCACGAGGCACAUCUCUGGCGGGUAUAUGUCGUCCCUGGUCAAGAGAGGUGGUGUAUACGGUCCAGCCCUUACUCUCAAUGCCGGCGAAUAUUUCUGCCCUUCUAAAGACGGUGAAAAAGGCAUCACGUGCAAGGAAGCAUACGCUGGCCUAGCAGAGAGCAACGAAGGUGGCAUCUGGACAGACGCCAAGCACAAGAGGGAAGUUCUGGCACCCACGUCUACCAUUGAUGAAAACGCCAUUGCUGCACAUUUCCAUGCUCAUCAGGAGCGAAGCCAUGACCAUGGUCACCACGCAGGAAGCGAGGCACUGCACAUGUUUGACAAGAGAGCCAAGGAAAAACUUGUCCAGGCUUGUGAUCGGGCAUGCGAUAUCUCAGGCGACUUCCCCCCAGGCGGCCAGCUGAAUGGCUUUGAUUGGGGCUGGGUCGAUCCUGAGGACUGCAGCAACUUUAACUUUGGUGACCCCUUGCAGGCACGCGCUGCAGGCGUCCAGUAUCACACGGAGCAUGUCCUCGAGGCCCAGAUGAUCGACCUUUUCUUCAAGUAUCUCGACAAAAAGAAGUCUAAGCAGCCUGACCCGAAGCCAGGUGCGGCCCAAGGAGCCACCGUUUCCUUCUGUGACUAUGUCAAUGAGCUGUGGGAUGUGCCUCCUUUUGUAUGGCCCAACGAGGACACGACCGGCGGCGUAGGCAAGGCUUGGAACCCCAUCAUGCACAUUGCAGCGCAAUAUCCGACAAGGACAUACAAGAAGGAAGAGUUCAUCGCUCUCGAGUCUGCCAUCAACACGCCUUCUAAGACUAGUGCGUGGGCAGGCAACAACCCGUGGAACUAUGGCACUUGGGCCAACGAUAUUCCAAAAUACGCAGAGGCCAGGGUGAUUCUUCAGAAGAUGCGCAGCACAAUGGGCUCUCGCUUGUACCAGAGCCACUCGACUAUCCAGAAAACAAUGAAGACCCAGACGGAUCGGAUAGGAAAGAUACUCGAUGCUCUCGACACGACACUGCUACCCGCCAACCGACGCCCUGGAUACGCACAAUGGUCGAAGCAGAAUCUCAAGUCCGAAUGGCUCACUUACAUGAGAGGUCAAUACACCAAAAUGAUGACGCAGACCAACAGUCUUAUCACUAAGCACCUUCAAACGAUGGUAGAUGCAUGGACCACACAAGCAGAAAAAGACAAGUGGAAGGACCUUCCGAACCAAUCAGCCGCGAAGUUGAAGGAGAAUAAAGAACAUCGCGAUUUUAUAAAGGCGAUCGAAGACUUCAAAACAAAAUGGAACAGCCUGCCAGCAUGGAACAACCCGCUGUGAUAGCGAUGAAUUGUAGCAGCGCAGUUUGUCUUUAUUAUUGCUAUCAUCGUCAUGAUUGUAGGAUUUAAUCAAUUCCUGAUAUCUCCUAUUUGUAUUAUUCAAUUUUUCGUAAUGUAAAUAUGUAUUAUGAGCGAAGUUGAGAUUUGUACAUUCGAUCGAAUCAAAAA